AUGAUGCUUUAUAACAUUUCAAAUAUUGUACUACUCUAACCCUCAUUCCAAAAUUUAAUGAAUUUCCAAUAGAUGAUGCCUAUCAAUCAAAUAUAAAUGGUUUAAAUUUAUCUUUCAUAGGCAAAAAUCUAAAAUGGUUAUUAUAUAUUUUUUAUUGAUCGUAGUUGUUCAAUGAGCGGGAUAAGGAUUCAAAAAGCAAACAAUCACUGA